AUGUCUACGCAACAGGAUAUGGCCGCAGCACCUUCAAAAAUCUUCUUUUAUAAGUUUCCAGUUACUCCCCAGGUGUUUUAUAGGGGUAAAUACACUUAUGCACUAGUGAACUUGAAGCCAAUUGUUCCCGGCCACGUGCUAGUGGUUCCAUAUAGACGUGUGCCGCGUUUAAAAAUGCUCACUGUGAAAGAAUCGGUCGAUUUUAUGGCCACAGUCCAGCUGAUACAUGCGUUCAUAGAGAAAAUAUACAAAGCAGACUCUCUUAACAUAGCAAUGCAGGAUGGAAUUGCUGCUGGGCAGUCUGUACCACACGUGCACUGCCAUAUCAUUCCUCGGUAUCUUAAAGAUGGUUACGGAGAUCAUAUCUAUGACUUAUUAGAGCAAAACGAAGCCAACUUGAACGGUUUCUUUAAAAAAGUAUGCAAAGAGAGAGUUAUAGCAGCUGACAUGGAUCGCCAUCCACGGCCAAUGGAGGUGAUGCAGAAAGAGGCAACGUGGCUUCACGAGGAGCUGGAGAAAUUCCUAAAGGAGUACAAGCCAAAGGAGGAGGCUGAUCCCGAGGAUGAAAUAGUGAGAGAUGAUUAA